AUGUCAAAAAAUCGGAUUAAUGUUAGAAAAAUAAUUACAAAUCUAUCUGAACAAAAUCAUUUAAAUGAUCCAUUCAUGGAAUUGACUUGUUCCAAAAUACCAGUUUUACUGUUACUUAAUUUUGAUCAAAUUCUUGGUCCAAAACCAUUAAUACAUUUUCCAGAAAAAAUUUCAGUUCAUCUAAAUCUUGAUAAUGUAAGUGUUUGGUUAAUGUCAGCUGAUAUGAUACAUGGCUCAACAACAUUAUUGUACAAUCAAAGUUUAGCUCUCCAUGCAUUAGUACAUUACUCAACAAUAUUAGAUGUAACAGCUAGAGCAUUUCAAAGAUCAUUUGCUUUAGCAUAUCUAACACCAGAGCGACCUUCUGUUGAAUUGUUUACUAAAUUUGAAAAUAUUGUAGAUGAAAUGUUAAAACCAGUAUUGGCAUGUAAUAGAAGACAAUUUAAAAGAUUUUCAUAUUUAAUGAUGGAUAUUGCAGAUAGAAUAGAAAAUGAUACUGUUAAUGAAUAUUAUAAAUUACAUUAUUCUCGAAAUAUUUCACCUGUUUUAGCAACAAAAAUUCAAACUAUAUCUAAACAAAUAAGAUCUCUUACCAAUAAAUUACAAGGAGCAUUUUCUGCACUAUCCGGUGAGGAAGAAAGUUGUAAUUGUACUUUUUUACCACAAGAAAUGGAAAAAUUUUUUCCUGCAAUUGAAAGAGGUUUAUCAUCCCAUGACUUAUUACCAUUAAGAGAAUUAUGUUUAUGUGCAUUUGAUAAAUUUGUGUUUAGUUUUGAAAAAUAUUACAAUGAAUUAAUUACAUUAACAUUAGAAAAUCAAAAAUAUGGUAUUUUAUUUUGUGGAAGAAAUCCAGUCAUAAGAAGUAUACAUCCUCGUAAAAAUUAUACACGACCAGAACAGGAUGAUGAUUUUCUUGAAAAUGAAAGAACUUUAUGCUUAAUGGAGAAUGGUCUUGAUAGAUUAAUAGCUUCUCUUUUAUCUGGAUAUCGAAUUUGUAUAUUAGCAUCUGAAAAUCGGGAAAAGACUGCUUUAGAUUUUUUACAAAAGUUAACUUAUAUUAAACCAUCAUUAAGUAUAACAAAAGAAAUACCAGAUGUUUUUGCUUUAGAUUAUAUUCCUUAUGAAAAACAAAUAAUAGGAGUUGCCUGUCCAAAAAAUGAAAGUAUUUCAUUUUCUGAUCCUCGUUUUACAGUAAUAUUAAAUUUAAAUCAAGAAAAGUUAAGUUCACCUAUCUAUUUGGGUAAAUUUUUAACACCAUUAUCAAAUGUUAGUAAUUUUCCUAAUGAUAAAGUAUUAAUCAAAUUUAUAACAUCUUUGGUUUCAAAUAUAUGUCAGACUGUUAAUGUGGCACGAUACUUGGAUCCAGAUGAGAUGCAAGAAAAAUUAGAAUUAUCUAAAAGUGACUUUAGGAUAAUAAUUAACUUAUUAGCAGAAAUAAACAUUUUAAAAUAUGGUAAUUUAAAGCAAAGAUUUAUUGAAAAUGAAAAUGUUAAUGUAACAACAAUAAAUCUAUAA